GCCCGUUACAUUGCUUCAAAGACUAUAAAAUUUUCAUUUUUUUAUCCGAUUAUUUAUAAAGAAAUUUAUCAAAAUGCGUGAAUGUAUAUCAGUUCAUGUUGGACAAGCUGGAGUCCAAAUUGGUAAUGCUUGCUGGGAAUUGUACUGUUUGGAACAUGGAAUCCAACCUGAUGGUCAAAUGCCCUCUGACAAAACCAUCGGAGGAGGAGAUGACAGUUUCAACACUUUCUUCAGUGAAACUGGUGCUGGCAAACAUGUUCCAAGAGCAGUAUUCGUUGACUUGGAACCAACUGUAGUUGAUGAAGUUAGAACUGGAACAUACAGACAACUUUUCCACCCUGAACAACUUAUCACUGGCAAAGAAGAUGCUGCCAACAACUAUGCCAGAGGACACUACACAAUUGGAAAAGAAAUAGUUGAUCUCGUUUUGGACAGAAUUCGUAAAUUGGCUGAUCAAUGUACUGGUCUUCAAGGAUUUUUAAUUUUCCAUUCCUUUGGUGGUGGUACCGGUUCUGGAUUCACUUCAUUGUUGAUGGAAAGGCUUUCAGUUGACUAUGGAAAAAAGAGUAAAUUAGAAUUUGCCAUUUACCCAGCUCCUCAAGUUUCUACUGCCGUCGUUGAACCAUACAAUUCCAUUUUGACUACUCACACCACAUUGGAACACUCAGACUGUGCAUUUAUGGUUGACAAUGAAGCUAUUUACGAUAUCUGCAGAAGAAACUUGGACAUUGAACGUCCAACCUACACAAACUUGAACAGAUUGAUUGGUCAAAUUGUUUCCUCCAUCACCGCUUCUCUUCGUUUCGACGGAGCCUUGAACGUUGACUUGACCGAAUUCCAAACCAAUUUGGUACCCUACCCACGUAUUCACUUCCCCUUGGUUACCUACGCUCCAGUCAUUUCCGCCGAAAAAGCUUACCACGAACAAUUGAGCGUUGCCGAAAUCACCAACGCCUGUUUCGAACCCGCCAACCAAAUGGUCAAAUGCGAUCCUCGUCACGGUAAAUACAUGGCUUGCUGCAUGCUCUACAGAGGAGACGUCGUUCCAAAGGACGUCAACGCUGCCAUCGCCACCAUCAAAACCAAGAGAACCAUUCAAUUUGUCGACUGGUGUCCAACCGGUUUCAAGGUCGGUAUCAAUUACCAACCACCCACCGUCGUACCAGGUGGUGAUUUGGCCAAGGUGCAAAGAGCUGUUUGCAUGUUGUCCAACACUACGGCCAUUGCCGAAGCCUGGGCUCGUCUCGACCACAAAUUCGACUUGAUGUAUGCCAAACGAGCUUUCGUUCAUUGGUACGUCGGAGAAGGUAUGGAAGAAGGUGAAUUUUCCGAAGCUCGUGAAGAUCUUGCCGCUCUUGAAAAGGAUUACGAAGAAGUUGGUAUGGAUUCCGUUGAAGGAGAAGGAGAAGGUGGUGACGAAUAUUAAGCAUUUAAUUCGAAAUUAUUUGAUUGAUGAAAAUAAAAUGAUUAUCACAUGAGGA